AAUCGAUUCACGUAGUCAACUAAGUGCUAAUGAUCCGUUAUGGUUUUAGCUCUUUUUGUAUCACAACUUGACAUAUAUGAAACAUCUCUACGAGUGUUUAUCCAGCUAUCUAUUAUCCAACAGAAAAGUAGGGUUCGAUUUUCGACGGUGCGAUAAAAAUAUUUUACACACAAAUUUAUAAAUAUGAUUGAGGAAUCUAGUUAGAUAAAAUAAGAAUUUUAAAGCUAGUAAGCAAAUGUUAUGAUGAAAUAAAUACAAUUAUAUGCUGUAUUUUUUUAACAUGUCGUUUAAAUAGACAACGGGAGACCUUUAACAAAAAAAAAAAAAAAAAAAACAAAUAGACAACGGGAGACAAAUCUUGAUACUUGGUGAUUUGCUAAUGAAAAAUUUAGUGGAAACUCGUCUAUUUAAGAUGUGAAACACAAAGAAAACUUCACUGAACCACUGAUAAUAAUCUAGUGCCAAUCGAAAAAAAAAACAUGUAUUAAGAGUAUACGGGUAUCAAUAUUUUGUCAGGAAUCAGCAUUAAGAGUAGAAGAAUUGAAAGCUAAAUAUACUCUAAUGCUACGUAAUAUUUCAGUGGAGGAUCGAACAUCAUUUAGUUUUUAGGACCGAAGCCAAUGCCUAGCUAAUUUCUUUUUCUUUUAAUUCUGUUUUGUCAAGUUAACCAAAUAUAGAAGAAAAAAAUUGAUUUGAUUCUUGGUCUUGGACCGAAGCCAAUGCCUAGCUUUUUAGACAACGACUUGUUUGGUCCUAUAUCUAUUGUAAAUUUGUAACCCGAAAAAGUAACAGUUUUCUAAUCAUAAAAAUUCGGUCAAAAUAGGCUUAGAUAUUUAGAUUUUCCCUUCCAUAGAUACAAGAGAGUGUCACGUGGUUGUGAAGCUUUCUGUAUUAAUUUUUCUUAGUUGAAUAGAAAAAUUAAUAUCUUUGUUUUCUUUGCAAUUUGAUCAUAUUUGAGUUUCUUUUUUGUCAACUUGAAUAUUGUAGUUUGUGUUCACAUAUUUUUUUGUAUUUAUAUUAUUAGUAUAUAUAUGCAUGACAUCCUCCUGCAUUUGCUCCCUAUAUUCCUCAUUAUUAUUAGCCAUGGGUAGAGAGAAGAAGUUAUGCAAGUCGUGGAGCGACAUGAAGAAACACUUAAACGACACCGUUUCCAAGAGCUUCGCCGGUCGUUUCUUCAAACUAGAAGCAAGGAAAACAACUUUCACAACCGAACUACGAGCUGCAACCGCCACAUUCCUCACCAUGGCUUAUAUCAUUACUGUUAACGCCAAUAUCUUAGCCGACUCCGGUGCCACUUGCUCCUUCCACGACUGCUCCGCUGUGGCCGGUUCUUCAGCACCCGGUCCAGAGUGCGUCCUUGGUUCUAAUCCAGGCUACGAAGAAUGUCUUGCUAGGGUUAAAAAGGACCUCGUUGUGGCUACUUCUUUAUCAGCCAUGGUUGGUUCAUUAGCAAUGGGUUUGUUAGCUAAUCUCCCUUUUGGACUUGCUCCGGGUAUGGGAGCCAAUGCUUACAUCGCAUACAACGUAGUCGGCUUUCGUGGCUCUGGUUCAAUCUCUUACCAUACCGCUAUGGCCAUCGUGCUGCUUGAAGGAUGCGCGUUUCUAGCGGUUUCCGCUUUAGGACUCCGCGGGAAACUAGCUCGUCUCAUCCCUCAAACGGUGAGACUGGCCUGCGCGGUUGGUAUAGGAAUGUUCAUAGCCUUUGUCGGUUUGCAGAUGAACCAGGGUAUUGGCCUCGUGGGACCGGAUAAGUCAACUCUAGUGACAUUAACCGCUUGCGCAGAGACGGAUUAUGUCACUGGAGCUUGCUUAGGAGGGAAAAUGAAGAGUCCUACGUUUUGGUUAGCCGUUGUAGGGUUUCUCAUAACGAGCUUUGGUCUAAUGAAGAACGUCAAAGGUAGUAUGAUUUACGGAAUCGUGUUCGUUACGGCUGUUUCUUGGAUUAGAGGCACUCAAGUCACAAUCUUUCCACACACUCCUCUUGGAGACUCAAACUAUAACUACUUCACAAAAAUCGUUGACUUUCACAAGAUCCAGUCAACGUUAGGAGCUAUAAGCUUCACGGAGUUUAGAAAGAGCGAGGUUUGGGUUGCGUUCGCUACACUCUUUUACGUUGACCUCCUUGGCACGACCGGAGUACUCUACACGAUGGCUGAGAUCGGAGGGUUCGUGGAAGACGGGAAGUUCGAAGGAGAGUACGCGGCUUACUUAGUGGACGCCGGCUCCUCCGUGGUGGGAUCGGCGUUAGGGGUUACAACGACAGCGACUUUCGUGGAGUCUUCGGCGGGGUUGAAAGAAGGAGGGAAAACGGGGCUAACGGCCGUUAUUGUAGGAGUGUAUUUCUUGGCGUCGAUGUUUUUGACGCCGUUAGUGACUAACGUGCCGAGGUGGGCGGUUGGGCCGUCGUUGGUGAUGGUUGGUGUGAUGAUGAUGGGAGUUGUAAAAGAUAUUAGAUGGGGAGAGACUAAAGAAGCCGUGACGGCAUUUGUAACGAUCUUGCUUAUGCCGUUGACUUAUUCCAUUGCUAAUGGGAUUAUUGCUGGUAUUGGUAUAUAUCUUGCUUUAAGCAUGUACGAUGUCGUUUUGGGAGUUGCAAAGUGGCUUAAUGGUGUUAGGAAACGGGUUAUGAGAGAGCAUAAUCAAGUUUCCUCCGUUGCUACCGUCGAGAUCGUUUGAUUGUUGACGAUAACCGAUGUCACGAAGCCGGUUUUAGUGGUGUGUGUGUGUACCGGAAGUGGUGGAACUUUUCACAUGGUCAGUCGUUGGAUGACCAAGCAAAGACCCGUCAUGAAUGGUCGGUGUGGGUUUAUUUUUUCCCACUUUAUUUUAUGUUCUUGUUGUUUUGGUUUAGUUUGCGUAGGAGAGAGUAGUGAAGUAACAUUGGAUGCAUCAGCUGCCAUGAACGUGUAUUGUAAUUCAUGGCUGCUUGUGCAUGCAUUGUUCGUAGGGUUCUAUGCUUCAACAAAAUGCUUCUUUUGUUUGUAGCAUAUUUCAAUCAAAGACUUUUGGGUCCUUCAGAAAUUGGUAUUAAGAUAAUUUAAAUUAAAUUAACACGAUUCAAGUUUGUAAA